AUGAUACCUCUCAUCCUUUACGACAUCCCGUCCAAACUUGAAGGGAAUCAUUGGUCUCCCAAUAUCGCGAAGCCAAGGUUCGUCCUAGGUUACAAGGGCCUUCCCUUUCGAGUUGAAUGGGUGGAGUACCCGGAUAUCGCUCCGAGAAUGAAAGAGAUCGGAGCAAGACAAAACAAGCUCGCGGACGGCAGAGACUUGUACACCCUGCCUGUUCUUAGCGAUCCCAACACCGGUGCACUGAUUACCGAUUCCUGGGAUAUUGCCGAGUAUCUCGAGAAGACAUACCCCGAGAAGCCCAUAUUCUCCAACAAGAGCAAAGGUCUCAUUCGCGCUUUCGACACUACGGUUGCCAACCUAGAGAAGACUGCCGUCACAUUCCGCUUCCUCCGCGUGAGCCAGAUCUUGAACGAACCCAGCGUGGAGUACUUCAUCACCACGAAGGAAGCAUUAGCUAAGGAGAAGAUCUCCGAAUUCUCUCCUGAGGGACCAAAACGCGAUGAGCACUGGGCUAUUAUUGAGCGUGCAAUGGAAACCUGCAAGGAGUGGUACGACAGCGAAGAGGGAAAGUGGCUGAUGGGAGACGUCUUUUCCUAUGCAGACAUUCUCCUUGCAUCUCGCCUUUUCUGUUUCAAGAGGGUGUUGCACGACGAUGAAUGGGAGAAAUUCGCGAGCUGGCACGGUGAAAGGUGGGGAACGUUACUCGCUGAUGUGGAGAAGGAAUGUAAUGGGGUUUAG